UAAGUAUAUAAGGAAGUUAGCAAUCUAGAAUAUAUGUGUCUAUGAGGCAUCAUGUCUUUACCAUCGAGAAAUGCAUGUAACGGAUACAGCGUAUUUUCUUAGAAAAUAUCUCAGGCAAAGAUCUUUAAAUAGCCGUUCUCAGGAUUCUACUUGAUUUUGUGUGCCUUGAGUCAACGUACCUUAAUAACAGAGAAAGUCAUUUAUAUAAUAAAAAGUUUUUUUUAUCAGGGUGAUUGCCUACAAUGAAUAUCGUCUGUACAAUUUGUAGAGACGUACUGAUACCAUCCAGUGAUGUUUACAACACACCAUGUGGACACAUUUUUCACUUUCAAUGUUUAACAAGAUGGCUUCAAAGUUUAACGACUUCACCUCCGAUUUCGAUGAAAGUAGGCUCAAUCGACGCUCAAUCGUCGCUCUCUACUGCGAAGCGAGAAAUUGUUAAAGAUGCUAGGUAUGAUAGGUUAAGAAACCCGUCAUUGCAACGUAAAGUCUGUUAGUUAGAGUUGCACUUACUGUAACGCAAUAUGCAACAACUUCAUGAAAAUACUUAAAUUAAGAAUAUUUUUAAUAUAUUAGACAUUUGUAACACGGGAAAAAUUUCGAACGACAAGCGGGGGCUGUACCUUCCAAAAACUAACCUAACCCAACCUAUCGUCGUUCGAAAUUUUUCCCGUGUUACAAAUGUCUAAUAUAUUAAAAAUAUUCUUAAUUUAAGUAUUUUCUCAUGAAGUUGCUGCAUACUGCGUUACACUAAUACAAUAGGUGCAACUUUAACUAACAGACUUUACGUUACAAUGACGGGUUUCUUAACCUAUCAUACCUAGCAUCUUUAACAAUUAAUUUCUCGCUUCACAAUAAAGAGCGACGAUUUUGUCAGAAGAAAAAGUUAUUUCUUUAACAAAAACGCGUCGAUUGAGCCUACUUUCAUCGAAAUUGGAGAUCAAAGACUUGCCCACAAUGUCGGGAAAAAGCAACUGAAACAUCUAUACACAGAAUAUAUUUUAAUUUUCUAAACGAUGACUCUAUUCAUCAGUCCGAUAGUGCCAAAUUACAAAGUGAAAACAAUUCUUUAAGUUUCAAACUGAGUAUGAUAAAAAAGAAACUCAUAGAGCUUGAAUUAAAGAAUAAUACAUUAGAAAGUCAAGUAGAUAUUCUUCAACAAACACUUAAGCAGUUGGAAGAAGCUGUAAAAAAAAAAGAAAGUGCAAUUGCUGCACUUAAAACCCAAAUUCAAUAUUUUAAAGUCACAUGUAAAGGUAUAGCAGAAAAAGAUAAAGAAAUCAAAGCAUUAAACAUGAAACUAGAAAAGUUGCAGAGUAUUCAAAAUAUAUUAAAUUGUUCUGCACAUGAAGUGGACCAAAUGUUAGAGCAGUUUACAUACCAAGAUAUUUCCAAAUUACAGACAUUUAUAUCAGUCUUAAAAAGAGAACUUGAAAAUAGUAUAGCCCAGAAAAGACGAUUAAGAGAGAAAGCAGCAGCGAAGAGUAGAGCAGAUGCAGAAGUGUUAAUAAUUCGAAGUAAACUGCGGAAAUUGGAGGAAACACUAAAGGAGGAAAACAAAAGAAAAGCAAUUCUGCAAGCUGAGCUUCUUGAAAUACAGACUGAAGCAUGUAAAUGUGAUAAAUAUGGUAAAAAAGUAACUGCAGUGGAGAAAAAGUCUCAGGAUGAAUAUAAGAACUCCAAAGUAGUACCUAUCGAAACGGAAUGUACAUCAAAUCCUAAUAGCAGUGAAACUUUGGAGACUGAAAAAGAUAAUGACUGUAUCGUUACGGCUACGGAUAACAUGGAAAAUACUCCACAGAAUAUAAAAUCACGAGGCUUCUUCUCAAUGGCGAAUUGCGGUAUUAAAAGGACUAGUAAUAGUGUAACGGUACCUUCAAUACUUGCGAAAAAACUGAACUCUAAGAACUCUAAGAACUUGUUUGAAAGGGACCAACUAAAGCAGAGAACUAUUGGUAGUGGCAUGACUUUCGACGGCUUUGGAGGACAUGGUAAAUACGAUAAAUUCCCUAAGUCAACUUAAAGUUGGUAAAAGUUAGAAAUAAAAUAUUUUGGUUCUGUCAAUUUUGGUUAGGUUAAGUUUUUCUGUCAAUUUUAUACAAGUGCAGCACUUUAUCUAGAUAGUAUAGCAUAUCCUAAUGCAGCAUUUGGACAAAGCAUUUAAUUUAUUUAAAGCAGAAUAUAGUUAUGACAGGUUUUAGUAAACUUAUAAAGUUAAUAAAAGACAAACUGACCAAACAACAAAUUUCAAAAGGAUGCAUUUAGUGUUCUCUUAUAAUAUUCAAUAAAAUUCGUUAAAUAUUUCCUACUGGAAAUGUGGAAGUAAGAAAUUUCAAAAGGAUGCAGUGUGCCUGGUCGCUUACGAUGUAUAUUUAUAAAAUAAACAGUUGUAUAAUAA